AUGGGUGCAGAGUUUGGCGUCAUCGUCAUUUCAAGCUACCUUUCUGUCUGGGCGCCUUCUUUGGCCCUGCGUGGAAAGCGUGGUGCCGUCGACUUGCACAAGGCUUGCGACACGCUGAGAGAUUACCAAGCGAUGGUCUUCGCUUGCUUCAUGUGUGGAUGGAUAGUACACUUCAUUGCUAGCAUCCUCCAGGUGUGGAUCUUCUACAAGAGAUCCAUUGCCACCUUUGUAUCCAUCCCCUUUUUCCUCUUCACGCUGGCCAUCAUCUGGUGGCCCAGCGCAAUUAUGUGGGUCUGGGCUACUGAUCUGCCAUGA